GGCCUCCAUCACGUGGGAAGACCGCCGCGGGUCCUUCCAGCAGCCGCCGCGCUUCGUCGCGCACGGAGAGGGAGGCAGCCGGCGGCGCGCGGCACCGGGAACGGCGGCAGAAGCGGCCCUGGCCGAGCGGCUUCUGCUGCCCGUCUGCUGCCCCCCUCCCGCGGAGCUCCGCUGGAGCGAGUGCCUUGCGAGGAACUUUUCUCUGGAAGCGAACCAUGAAGCCGCUGCUGCUCCUCGUGCUGGUCCACUUCUGCCUUUGCGCGCAGUUGGGGAGCACCCAAGAAAACAAUUCUACCACCAAUUCCACUCUCCACCCUACAGUCACACCAACAAAAAACAUUAAACCAAACAGUACUUCAGCCACCACCAUCCCUAGAAUUGCAACAACCACUACACACACCCGUUCUGUGCCUUCGGAUGUCACAGCCACCACCAUCAAAACCAUGGUGACCACAACACCCAUGAACACCACAGCAUCCAAAAUAAAACCCACCUCACCAGCACGCAAUGGGACCAUGUUGCCUUCCACUCCAGUGACAGUCACUCCAAAAGCUGUAGCACCUCAAGCUGCACCAUCAGGAUUCAGCGCUGGCAGUUUCAUCGGCGGCAUCGUGUUGACACUGGGACUUCUGGCCAUUGGCUACAUUGGAUGCAGAGCUUACCAUGCAAAAAGGGGCGUUCAGUACCGAACCAUUGAUGAACAUGAUGCCAUUAUUUAAAGUCUCAGCUUGAAAGACAAAUGGUGAAACCUCCACUAUGACCCCUGUCUUUGGAACCCCCCUCUGUGCCAGAUGCAGGCCUUGAUGAAAAAUUGAUCACAGCCAUCACAAGAUGCUUAACUCAUUUGUGAUCUGUGCCUGUCUGCAAGAGUCCAAGGGACUCCACGAGGAUUCUGAAUACUUCACAGUGUCUUGUGUGACAUAUAGAUAUUCUUUGGAACACAACUGGUACCUACUGAGCAACCACGUCUUCUUGGAAAGAGCUUAAUAAAAGGAUGCUGCCCAGGUAGCUGGUCUGCACAGAAGAUUAGAAGGCUCCAUUCUCUAACGGAACCCAACUUCUGAUACUGUGUGGUGACCACACUUAAUUUUGCCACUCCGUAAGUUGCAUGGUAAUUUUGUAGAACACACUGGACCAAUAACAAGAUCGUUUUCAGAAAUGGUGGAUGGAUCCAAAACCAACUAAUUUCAAAUUGUUUGCAUUAGAUUUCUGGAAUGAGGUUGUUGAAGGAGGAUUUCUUUUGUUUGUCAAUAAUCUGGAGAAUUUCA